AAGACUAAGUGAUCGUCAUGGACGGAGGGUUAACUAUCACUUUAAUUUCUGUUGCGAUGUUUAUUGGCUGUUUUCUGCUUGGAUUCAUUCCGCUGUUAUUCAAGCUGUCUGAGAAAAGCCUGAAGUUCGUCUCCAUCCUGGGGGCAGGACUCUUGUGUGGGACAGCCCUGGCCAUAGUCAUCCCUGAGGGAGUGAGUUUACUGGAAGAGUCAUGGAGAGCGUCCUCCUCCUCUGAUGCGCCCUCCGAUCCGAACUCCUCCGAUAAAAACGUCACCUCCUCAGAAGAAGGCCCCCCGCCUCGCUUCUUCAUCGGCGUCGCUUUAACUUUCGGAUUCACCCUCAUGUUUGUCGUGGAUCAGAUCGGCAAUUACCUUUCCAUGCGAGACCAAUCAACUUGUAACCGCGUCGGCAUCACGGCUACUUUGGGGCUGGUUAUUCAUGCUGCAGCUGAUGGAUUUGCUCUGGGUGCAGCAGUGUCCACAGGUCAAGUGUCGGUGCAGGUGAUUGUGUUCUUUGCUGUAAUUCUACACAAGGCUCCUGCUGCUUUUGGUUUGGUCUCCUACCUGAUGCACGCAGGUCUUGAAAAGAAAUACAUCCAGGGACAUUUACUCGCCUUUUCUGCUGCAGCGCCUCUAGUCGCCAUCCCCACUUACUUCAUAUUACACGCGUCUGGCAGCUCAUCUCAGAACCAGCUCAGUGCGACAGGUGUGGGGAUGCUCUUCUCAGCGGGGACGUUUCUCUACGUGGCCACCGUGCACGUCCUCCCCGAGGUCAGCAGCAGCAGCAGCGGAGCGGAGCACCCCCUCUCAGACCUCCCCCCCUCAGACCUCCAGCAGCAAACCGUUGCCGAGCCGCACAAGCAUCGACACCUGGGGCUCUUAGAAAGCCUCACCCUCAUCCUCGGGGUCGGCCUUCCCGUGGUGCUCGCUCUCGGCCUUCGUGACGACUGACAAAAGGAACACCAGAGCAAAUAAGUGAAGUGAGGAGAGACUGAGCAGCCCACGCCUUGAAGGAACACUGUGAGCACUUAACACUGAACAGGGUUUGAUUCCUGUACGGCUUUCCCAAAGUAGAAAACAAAAAAGCUGCGUUUACACCAAAAAAUGACGAGGAACUGUGAGUCCGAUUUCAUUUUAUUUCCGGGGACCAAAAUGUUCCUCCAGCAGGUCGAAAGAACAUGUGAAGACAAGGCAACUUAAUGUGCUGCAAGUGAAAAGUUCACACCUGUUUGAAGAGGUCACACCCGUUUAAUUUAAAACUGUCACAGCUGCAGAACUCAUUACACAUCGCCCAAAGAGCCCCAGUAGAGAAGCACAAACAUGCAUUCAUACACCUGAUUUAUAACAAACGACUACCCCCAAAAGCUGGACUUUUUGCCGGGGUAUAAAAAGUCCCAGUGACUGUAUGAAGAGUG